UUAACUUCCACUAAUUGCCCACUUAAACUCCAGCGACUAUCGUCGUCGGCUGAUUUUUAACGGGCUUUUAUCACAAUUUGGUUAAUUCUUCAGAAAACACAGUUUGCCUUGUCAUAACGGUUUAGAGGUAAUUUCUUCGGAUGUUAAGGUGUUCCCGCCGCCGUUGACCCGGUCCCCACUAUCUCCCUCCCACUCUAUCUCUCGGUGUUUUAUGUCUGCGUCACAACAAGUCGGUCGAGAAAGAGGCAGGGAUGAUGGCGUCUCUCGCGGGUUGAUUCGCGUGCUGCUCUGACAAACACGCUUAAUAGCAUCAGUAGGUGGAGAAAAGAGAGCAAAUGCACCGGAACAUGACGAAACUACGUCGCGGAGGACAGACAGACCAUACAGACCGAGAGAAAGACCGACGUACCGACGGUGUCUCACUGACGACUUGACAGACAUACGCGCUUGGCACAGACACAUACAUGCACAUCCACUUUGGCACACACGUAGGCUUCACAUCCAACCGGGCAGUAAUUGAGACGAGAGGAAAACAGAAGGGAGAAAAUAUUUCAUGUCAAGCCGGCACAGGAAUCGCUGUGACCCCAACGGAGAGGAGUUCGAUUUGACAGGAUGGGGGGAGUAAGUGAAGGGGAUGAUGUGUUAGCUCGAUGGAGUGAUGGACUACUGUACCUCGGCAAUGUGAAAAGAGUAGAUGGAGUCAAGCAAUGUUGUCUGGUGAGAUUUGAGGACAACUCGGAAUUCUGGGUCCUAAGAAAAGACAUUCACUCUUUCUCAGUUGGAGUGGAAGAAGUUUGCUGUGUCUGUGAUGCCCCGCCUCUUAAAGAACCUCUCAUCAAUUGUCUUAAAUGUCGUCACGGUUAUCAUCCGGAGUGCCACACUCCGUCCAUUGAGCCAGAAGCUGACAGCAAUUCUUGGAUAUGUCGGCAAUGUGUCUUUGCAGUGGCAACCAAGAGAGGGGGAGCCAUCAAACGAGGACGGUUUGCCCGGCUCAUGCAAAUCAUGAAACUUCGGCUGCCCUAUCAGCUAUCAUCUUUAGACUGGGACCCACAGCAUCUGACCAACCAGCAGCAGUGUUACUGCUACUGUGCCGGACCUGGAGAGUGGAACCUGAAAAUGUUGCAGUGUGGAAGUUGUGGUCAGUGGUUUCAUGAAGCUUGCACACAGUGUCUGACCAAGCCGUUGUUAUACGGAGACAGGUUUUAUGAGUUCCAGUGCUCAGCCUGUGCAAACGGACCAGAGACAAUUCAACGGCUACCCAUGAGCUGGGUAGAUUUGGCCCAUUUGGUGCUCUACCAUCUCUCCUUGUGCUGCAAGAGAAAAUACUUUGAUUUCGACCAUGAAAUCAUGUCGUUUGCCAAUGAGAAUUGGGACUCUUUGCUUCUCGGCUCGCUCUCUGACACACCAAGGCAAGAUCGCUGCCACAAUCUGCUCAACGCUUUGAACUCCAACAAAGACAGGUUUGUCUCUGGUAAAGAGAUCAAGAAGAAGAAGUGUCUUUUUGGGCUCCAGGUCCGAGCUCCGCCUCCCCUGACCUCUGAUUCGUCCCCCCUCAUCACUGACCCGCCCAUCAACAUCACCCAAAGGAGAAGGUCAGACCCAUUGUCACUGCCCUGCCAGAGGAGAGCGGUGGGGCCAGAGUCACGCAAAUCAAAGCGGCGCAUCAUGGAGACACAGCCUUGUCCGCCCCCGGUCCCAGCCACCCCAAUAGAUCUGGUGCCAUGUUGCCAUGGCUACGUAGGUGGAACUAACCUCUACAACUCCAGGAAGGAGGAGGAGCUGAAUUUGGGCUCUCCACCUAAGAGGAUGUUUGCCCUGUAUCACCCCACCUAUAACGGAGCCCCAGCCAUCUCUAGAACCCUGCAUCACUAUAGUGCGGAAGACCCUUGUCGAGUGCCGCCCCCCUGCCUCCCCUUCUCCCUGUCAUCCUCCCACCAUCACCACCACAACAACCAGCACCACCACCAGCACCAGCCUGGACAAAAGUUGGAUCCGUGCCCCUCCCUCAUGCUGCGUGAUGUCCCUUCCUAUCCGGGCGGCGUGGGGGCGGGGGGAUGGGUCAGCUGCCAGGGGCUGGGGGCGGGGACGGGGUGAGGAUUUUGGCGAGGCGAGUAACGCCAGACGGGAAGGUCCAGUACCUCGUGGAGUGGGGGAACGUGAGUGUGUACUGAGAGAAAAUGAGAGAGAGAUGGGGGGGUGGAGGGAGGAUCAACACACCAGAGUGCUUGGCAGCAAAGAGGGGAUAUUGGGGAGAGAGAGAGAAAGAAUGACUGUCGUGCAGGUGCGACAUCAGAAAUGUGUGGCAACUUCAAGUACAAGCAAAACAAAAACCCCACACAAGGCAAAUCCAGGUUGCUCAAACAAUAUCGCCUCCAUUCUAUAUCAUCACACUACGUGUUACUAUAUCUCCCUCUUUGCUAGUGUUUCCCCUAUAUUUGUACUGUAUACCUUUGGAAUAUGCCUUUGCAUUUAUCAUGUUUACGUUUGAAGAUUGUAUAUACAGUAUUUGAUUAUAGGCAAUUUGUUAUGUUACCUAUUGUCAUACUUGAUUUACAUGAUAUUAUGUAAUAGAAAUAUAUUAGGAGCCGCAACAGGGCUUUUGUUUUAUAGUUAGAUUUAUAUAUUCACAAUAUAUUAUUAUAGAAUGAUUUGAUGAUGUGGUUGCAUAGUGCCUAUUUGGAUUGUGCAUCUGCAGAUUGAGAAGUUGACCUGAAUCAAGGGAUCAGGUGAUUGAAAUGUAUGAUAACUAUUCUAUAAGGUUUUCUUCCUCAUCCACCAAUUGCAAUGGAAGAGUCACGACCAUGUUGUGUAGGCUUUCACACACAGAAUUAGUGUAAAAUACAUUCCAAACAAAUAUCAAAACACCUCAAGAUUACUGAUCAAAAUCUUUGAUCAGAUAGUCAUGGAAAAUGGCCGCUCGCUGAGCCAGAUUUCACUGUCAAUUUGUUGAGGGGUGCUUUACAUUCUUUUAGGGAAGAGAAGACAACAAAUUAUGGUAUUAUGUGCAGGUGAAACUAUUUGUACUGUUUUCCAUUUUCAGGUCAUAGACAGAGGAGUCAUCUCCUAUCUUCCAGGUUUACACUGAGGAUGAGAGAUAGCGUUAACUCUGGCCCACUUCAAUGCUGAUACCUAAGCCCUAGUCUGGACACUGUAGAUCUGACAAGAUUGGAUAGAUAUGAGCAAUAUGGCUUAUGUUUCAUCCGACCUAUCAGAGGGAAAGGUGCAGCUUUCAUCAUAUUUCUCAUAUAUCUGAUCCUUUCAGAUGUACCCAACUGUCUAAGGGGUAAGGGCUAUGGGUUUGUGUUUGAUUUGGAACUGGGCCCCGGAGAUCAUAGUGGAACAGGAGGUUGUGUAUAGAACUCUAGAAUAUCAUAGUGCAAGGUUCAGAGUUUAUAUUUAUACAGAUCCUUUAUUUCUGCCUUUUGUGGGAUAAAACACAGAUAAGAGUAAAUGUAUGUGAUGUAUCCCCCAGAAGACAGAUUGUGUUACAGGUGUAGUUACAGUAAAUAACACAAUAGGCAGUUAUACUGUUAUAAUCAUGUCAACAGAAACCAUGUUCAGUCAUUUUUUUAAAAACCACAACAAGAUGUCGCCCAUUCCCCAGAUUGAAUGAUGUGAAAUAUGCCAUCUCCUACUUAAGCAAUAAGGCCUGAGCGGGUGUGGUAUAUGGCAAAUAUACCACGGCUAAGGGCUGUUCUUAAGCACAACCAAACGCGGAGUGUCUGGAUACAGCCCAUAGCCAUUGUAUAUUGGCCAUAUACCACAAACCCCAGAGGUGCCUUAUUGCUAUUGGUUAACAACGUAAUUAGAACAGAAAACAAGUAAUUUUGUGUUAUACCUGUGGUAUACGGUCUGAUAUACCACAUCUUUCAGCCAAUCAGCAUUCAGUGCUCGAAUGACCCGGUUUCUAAUAGUGAAUAGGUGAUUGCUCAGCCUGGUCUCAUAGACUAAACGUAACAUAGUAAAUGUAAAUCCAGAACACUCAAAUUAGUAUGAUAUGUUACAUUUGGUAUGGUUAGAUAAGACAGAAGGUUACGUAAGGCAAAAAGGAAAGUAAUGUGGUUGGUCAGAGUGGAUGGGUAGGUAUAUAACGCAGAUGACUAGCAACCCAAAGGUUGCGUGUUCGAAUCUCAUCACGGACUUUAACAUUUUAGUUUAUUAGCAACUUUGCAACUACUUACUACUUUUUAGCUACUUUGCACCUACUUAGCAUGUUAGCUAACCCAUCCCUAGCCCUAACCAUAACCCUUUAACUUAACUCCUCACCUUAACCCCUAGUGUAGUUAACGUUAGCCACCUAGCUAACUUUAGCGUUAGUCACCUAGAUAACGUUAGCCACAACAAGUUGGAAUUCGUAACAUAUCAUACGUUUUGCAAAUUCCUAACAUGUACAAAUUACAAUUCCUAACAUCUAAUUCGAAAUGGAUAAUGGACAUCCACAAAUUAAUACAUAUCUAAUUGGAGUGUCACAGAUUUACAUUUACUAUGUUACGUCUACCCCUGAGUCCAGGUUGGAUUGCUAAGUGUUUGGCACGUUUCUAAAUGGCAGUGCAGGUCAAAUGAACCUCCCAACUCAGUCCUUCCCAUCCCAGUUUAGGAUUUAGAUCAUUCUCAGUGAAUUUGGCUGUAGUUGAAUAGGAAGAGGUCUGUGGAACCAUCAGUUCGAUGGUAAUGAAUGUAUCUGUAUGUUUUCUAUGGUAAAGUAUGUCUAUAGACCCGUCAAGUGUUCGUUACUGUAGGUUAUAGAUGGAACUAUACAAAAUGACUUCAAAGGACUGGGGUAAAUCUGAUUUUUGAGUUGAGGAAUAAGAAGCUAAGAGAGUCUCUAUAGUCUUCUCUUUUUUAUUUGUAGUCGAGUCCAAGUUUGGUUUGAUGUAUUUUUGGACUUUUGGUCAAAUUACGUUUCUACAUGUAUAACCUAGGCUGACACAGCCAAUGUAAAAUUAAAAACAUUAAAAGUUGCCCUUCACAUCUUA